AUGAGGAUGAUUGGCAUAUUUUCUUUGGGUGUUCGGAAACUUUAUCUUGUUGGCAAUCUGCAGGAUAUCAGGUCUCUUAUCCUUGAUAUUUGUGAAAAGGAGGAUAGGAAAACCGCAGGAAGAGUUGCGGUUAUGUUGGAAGGUUUGUGGAAGAAUAGGAAUGAUUUCGUUUGGCAUAAUGAGAAGGAAGAUGCGUCUAAACUUGGUUGGCUAGCUUUUCAUAAGUGGCAAGAGUGGUUCUUGGCCCAAAAAUUUCGGGAACCGCAGUCAGAUAACAGAGAUCUGGUUCAGUGGAAUCCGCCUUCUUCUGGUUGUUUUAAAUGUAAUGUUGAUGCAGCGUUUAAUCAGCGUGUCGGAUCUACGAACCGUGGUUGGUGUAUUCGCAAUGAUCAUGGUAACUUUAUUGCCGCAGGUACUGCGUGGGAUAUGUGUAAUUUCUCGGUGCUAGAGGCGGAGGCCUUAGCUCUUAAGGAAGCAAUCCUAGCUAGUUCUUCGUUUCACAAUGCUCCGUUGAUUUUCGAGAGUGAUUCCCAACAGGUGGUUAAAGCUCUUGGUUCCAAUUCGAAGGGUAGUUCGGAGUUUAUCACUAUUAUUAAUUCUAUUAAGUCGUUACUUCUAGAUUUUCCCAACUUUGAGGUUAAGUUCAUAAAGCGUCAAGCGAAUAUGGUUGCCCAUACUUUAGCCAAGGCGGCCAAUUCUUGGUCUCGACGCUGUUUGUUUGAUGUAGUUCCUCCUUGUAUUACUUUCCAUUUGAUUAAUGAAAGCAGUUGA